AACUUUCCUCUCUUUCGCUCGUAGUUCUUUCUCCUUGAUUGUGUGAUACAGUAAUCGAAAGGAUUCGAAUUUCCCGCGCUUUCCUUAAUAAUGUAUCAGUGGAACUUACCGUAUCGGAAAGAUGACGUGGAAACAGGCGUUAGCUCAAGAAGGCCUUUAUACCCAACGAUGCUUGAAAAUCCCGAGCUCCGGUGGGGAUUUAUACGCAAGGUUUACUCUAUAAUCGCCUUUCAGCUUCUAGCCACCGUCGCCGUCGCCGCCACGGUGGUCACCGUCCAUCCAAUCGCUCUGUUCUUCGCCACCACCGGACUUGGAUUAGCUCUUUACAUUGUCAUCAUCAUCACGCCCUUGUUAGUGUUGUGUCCGUUGUACUAUUACCAUCAGAAACAUCCGGUUAAUUACUUGCUCUUGGGGAUUUUCACUUUGGCUCUGGCUUUUGUUGUUGGAUUAACAUGUGCUUUCACCAAUGGGAAAGUGAUUCUCGAGUCAGCGAUCUUGACAUCGGUCGUGGUGCUUUCCCUCACAUUAUACACCUUCUGGGCUGCUAGGAAAGGAUAUGACUUUAAUUUCCUUGGACCGUUCCUGUUCGGUGCUCUCAUCGUGCUUAUUGUCUUCUCCAUGAUACAAAUUUUGUUUCCAUUAGGGCCGAUAUCGGUGAUGAUCUACGGUUGUUUGGCAUCGAUAAUAUUCUGCGGAUACAUAGUUUAUGAUACAGACAAUCUGAUCAAACGACACACGUAUGAUGAGUAUAUCUGGGCAGCGAUUUCGCUCUACCUAGACAUCAUCAACCUCUUCUUGUCUCUUCUUUCUGUACUUAGAGCUCUACAGAGAUGAUGAUUAUGGAGGAUGAGGUAAUUAGCUUUCUCUGUCUCUAAAAAAUGUUGAAAUAAGAAAACAAAAUUGUACAUAUCCGUGGUUACAUGCAGUUCACAUGUUCAUGUGAUUGAUUAUAGAGGGAACAGAGAAACUGUGGAUCAUGUAAUGUUUAUAACGACAAUGCCAAAGUAUGUGUGUAGUGUAGCUAAGGACAUCACGAGAAGUGCAAGUCUUUGUUUCUCUCAUAAGAAAAAUGAGAUUAUUGA